AUGAGUGCUCAAGAAGCUGGAUUAUCAAAUUCUAUAGGCUACAAUAAUUUGUUCAAAGCAAAACGUUCUGCAGAUCAGAUUCCGAUGAAGUCAACAGACGAUCCACUGCACACUAACAUAUUGAAAGAAAUGUUACUAAAGAAAAUGCUGGUGAACGGUGCAAAGCGUGGUAAACUUGAAAAUGAAGGUGAUAGUGAUUAUGAAUAUGAUUUACGAUUGUGCACGGAGUACCUUAAACUUAUAUCAAAAAAGUUUGCGGUAGAAAAAUAA